GGAAGCAGUUCAAAAUGACUGCACCUCCCUCCAGGAAGGAAAACUACUAAAGGCGUGGCUUUAUCAUUGCUGAGACACACACCUGUAACCGAAAACCAUUAAAGGACGCUGCUGGCGGCGUCCAUUUUAAUCUACAGUUGAGUUCAGAUUACAAAAUGGUGGAACAAGCACUAGAAGCGAGCGGUGCCAUUUCCCCUCAGGCUGGACCUGGCGAGGUGGAAAACCACGUUCUCUCCGAUAUCAACAUGAGGAGAGCUACUCAGCUCAUUGGCCGUCAGCUGGCUCAGAUCGGUGAUGAACUGAACAGCAGGUGGAGGGAGAAGCUCCCACAGCCACGACACCUAGAGUGGCAGGUUUAUCCAAACGUACUCAUCUGGAGAGCCAUCAACAGGAGGAUCAUUGGCAGCCUUCAGUGGUCUAAGUUCAUGCCGAUGGCAAGAGCAUCCAGGCUGGUUCCAGAACUGCACACACAAGCUUGCCAAGCAACGAUGAAAUGGAUCAACUGGGUAAAGCCACACUUUCCUCAUUGGUCCUGCAAGACAACAUGUUUCCUAGCUUCUGCUGCCCUGCUGGUAGCUGCGACUGUCUUUACUGCAACCAAGAUUUAAACCAACACUCAGAAAAGGGCCAAGAGCGGGUCUUUGGCG